AAUACUGUGAGCACUGGUAGCUUUUGAUAGAGUUGUGCCAAAAUAUUACAUUUUUUCAGUGCACUUAUGGAGGACUCCUACCAAACUAUCGAAGGUUUUCAAGGCGGUGACCUGGGGCCGGUAUUCGUGCUGAAACCCGAGCCCCUGGAGGUGGCUGAGGGUGAAAGCGCCAAAUUCUGCUGUCGACUUGUAGGCAACCCCCGACCCCUAGUCAAGUGGUUCAUAAACGGCAAUCAUGUGGUGAAUGGAUCCAAGUAUAAGAUCCGCAACGACGGCAUCCAUCAGUUGGAGAUACCGAAGACCUCUGAGUUCGAUAGGGGAACGGUAGAGGUGUGCGCACGCAAUCAGUUCGGGGAGACUAAGUAUAGCACGACUCUGGAUGUGCGGCAACGCAACGCCGACUACAGGUCUCUGCUUAAGAACUCACCCAAACCCAACUACGACGACAAUGUGGCUAAAUAUCAGCUUCAGAGACGACUGUCCCAAGAGGACGGCAGUGGGAAGGGGUUUGAGGAGCGAACCAAACCGGGCGGACAUUUCGGCGUCUGGUAUAAGGAGAAGCCCGACGACAAGGAGCCGCCCCCUCGACGGCCCAGCGAUGGCCCGAUGCACCCCUUCCACGCCUCCCAUAGUUUUAUGAACUACUGAUCUCUCGGUUUACGACACAUUUUAUGGAUUAUAUAUUUAUAUCGAUUUUAUGAUUCAUUUUACUAAUCAAUACGAUUCUCUGGGAUUUAAAUUUUCAAUUAUUAUUAUAUAAAUUACCUUUUCACUAUAAAUCUGUUAUUAACCACGAU